GUAAAAUUCAUUUUCCAAUCUAUUUUUUGACGAAUCGAACUAGAAAAAAUAUAUAUAUCCUCCUCCACUCUAUGCGGAUCACACUCUUUGAGUUGAUUUAUCUUUACAAAAAUCUUAAUCAUAAUAAAAUCAAUUGGCUUUUGCAACAUUUAUCUUACAACAAAGUCAACUAGAUCAUUCUCAAUCAUAAACAAACUUGUUUGCUACUCCACAAAAAAAGUAUCUUUCCACUACUUUACUGCUAACCUUUUGCUUCUUAGACUUUUGAGUCAUUUAGAGAACCAAACAAAUACCACAAAUUUUGCAACUUUUUUGAGUGUUGGGCUCUUGAGUUUUUGCAGCUAAAAUUUAGAGAAAUCUACAUGGGGGUAUGUACAGAAAAGUGUGACAAAUGGGGACAAGGAUCAAGAAUUGGUGCAGCAAUUGUAAUAGGUGUUGUUGUUGGUUGUGUCUUUGCUUUCUUUUAUCCUUAUGGAUUCUUUUAUCCUGAUCCACCUGCUCAAACCGAUCACCCUUUCUUUAAAUAUAAUGUUUUGGCCAAGUCAUGGUCGUAUGAAUCCACAGAGUGGAUGAAUGUGUUGAGGUCAUACAUUAGGAGGUUAUCGGAGAGGAAUGCAGAGUUGCAGAAGCAGGUAAAAGAGCUAAACGAAAAGCUUCAGAUAGCUGAACAGGAAAAAGGCCGUGCACAAGAGCUACUUGUAUCGUUGGGUGAACGUGAAAAAGCUGCACCAUUUGGCAAAGUUAAGAGUACGAGAACUAACCCUCUCGUCCUUCCAGACAAAUCAGUGAACCCGAGACUAACUAAGAUACUGGCAGAGGUUGCGGUAGGGAACGAGGUUAUAGUUGUACUUGCCAAUUCAAAUGUGAAAUCCAUGUUGGAAAUCUGGAUGGCCAGUGUAAAAAGGGUAGGUAUCCCAAAUUAUCUGGUCGUCGCCUUGGAUGAUGACAUUGUGAAUUUCUGUAAGGAAAACGGGGUCCAUGUAUACAAGAGAGACCCUGAUGAGACUGUCGAUUUUAUUGGCAAAACUGGAAGUAACCAAGCCGUGUCAGGAUUAAAGUUCCAAAUUCUAACAGAGUUCUUGCAGCUUGGCUACAGCGUCCUGCUUUCUGAUAUCGACAUUGUGUAUCUGCAAAAUCCUUUUGAUCAUCUAUACCGGGAUUCAGACAUGGAGGUCAUGUCCGAUGGUCACAACAAUAUGACAGCUUAUGGUUACAACGAUGUUUCUGAUGAACCUGAUAUGGGUUGGGGUCGAUAUGCUCAUACAAUGAGGAUAUGGGCUUAUAAUUCUGGUUUCUUUUAUAUCCGUCCGACGGUUCCUGCAAUUGAGCUCUUGGAUCGCGUUGCCGAAAGGCUCACUCGGGAGCCAAAUUCUUGGGACCAAGCUGUUUUCAAUGAAGAGUUAGCCUUUCCAUCGUACCCCGGGUACAUUGGGCUCUAUGUUUCUAGGAGAGUAAUGGAUUUCUAUCUGUUCAUGAAUAGCAAGGUCCUUUUCAAAAUCGUACGUAAGGAUUCGAGUUUGAAGAAGUUGAAGCCAGUUGUAGUUCAUAUAAACUACCAUCCAGAUAAGCUUUAUAGAAUGAAAGCGGUUGUUGAGUACUAUGUUAAUGGCAAACAAAAUGCUUUGGAUACAUUUCCAGAUGGUUCUGAUUGGUAGCUAAUGUGAAUGUGCUGUUGAUUUUAUGACUGUGGCCUGUACUAUUCCACCGGGUAGCUGCUACCUUUCGUUUUUCUUACUUCUUGUUUCACUCUUUUUAACACAUUUGUAGUAUCAAUGUGUAAUGUCAAGUUUGUUGCUUUGCCAAACAUUUCAGUGAAUAUAUAAUAAUGUAAGGAUUGUUAUACGUA